UUUUGCUCUGCGAAUGUUAUAAAUUGUAAUAAUGUGGAAAAAAAAUAUGAGAUCUCUUCGUGAUAGUGAGGUGGAAAAUGCACUGUCUACUCUUAUAUUUUCAUCUGAGGAUGAAGACUCUGACGAUGAGAUGGGUGCUACAGAUUCUUAUCAAAUGAAUUUAAAUCAUCGCUUGGAUGAGUUGCAGCAAAUUUCAAUCGAAGAUUUACACAGUUUAUUGGGGAAUGAAUCUGAGGCUGUAACAGAAGUUCAAGAGAGUGUAGAUCAUCCAACAAUUAAUAAUUUUUUGUCACAAAUUCAAGAAACCCAAUCAAGUAGUCCAGCUCCUUCCCUGACACAAGAUGUUUCUAUGCCAGAAGUAGAAGUGUAUACCACACCAAUAUUAUUAGAUCAAGCUCAAACAAGCUCUUCUUCCUCAGUACCAGACACGGCUGUAUCAGAUUUACAUGUACAAAAUAUUACCGAGCCAACAUUGCCUUUCAAUAGACAGAUAUUUGCUCAGUUACAAAACAAAACAAGGAACUGGUCCUCUCUACAUGAAGACAUCACUUGGCCUGUUUUUCAGAGAGAAAUGCAGUUAAUCAAAAACUACACUAAUCGAAGUCAACCUAUUGAUUACUUUGUUGAUUUAUUUCCAGAAGAAUUGAUUGCCAUUAUGGUUAAUAAUACAAAUAUUUAUGCCAAUCAUACACAGUCUAAAUCAUGGACAAAUAUAACAACAGAAGAAAUGAAAACAUAUUUAGGCAUGAUUAUACUUAUGAGCAUUAAUCCCCUGCCAGAUAUAAAUUUGUACUGGUCAUCAGAUGAAUUUUACAAGAACCCAGUGAUAAGUAGAGCUAUGCCUGUAAAGAGGUUCAAGAAAAUAACAGAAAAUCUCCAUAUUUCAGACAUUACAAGUGAAGCUCCACGCAGCUCUGCAAAUUACAACAAAUUGGCUAAAGUUCAACCCGCUAUUGACAUUCUCAACAAAAAAUUUAAGGAAAAUGUAUUAGUGUCUGAUUGCAACUCUAUUGAUGAAUGCAUGAUUAAAUUUAAAGGCCGAAGCAGUAUGAAACAGUAUAUGCCAAAGAAGCCAAUAAAACGAGGCUACAAAUGCUGGGCUAGAGCAGAUUCCGUGACAGGCUAUUUGUAUGAAUUUCAAAUAUAUACUGGCAAAGUUGAUAGCACAACUGAAGAAAAUUUGGGGGCUAGAGUAAUAUUGGAUUUAUCUGAAUCUUUGCCACGCCACACUUUGGUGGCUUUUGACAAUUUCUUUACUAGCCUACCUUUACUGGAGAUUCUUUAUGAAAGAGAAAUUUAUGCUGUGGGAACAAUAAGAACGAACCGAAAAGGUUUACCAGAUUUACUAACAGGAAAGAAUCAAACUCGCGAAACCAAGAAAGAAACAGCAUUAAAACCAGGGGAGUUUAUUUAUCAGUAUUCGCCGGCGCCCGCGCAUGCGCAGCCCAGUGAAUCUCAACGACUUCCGCGGCUGGCGAAGACAAGUGCAGCCGCAAGCAUAUCCAAACUCUCGAGUGGGACAAGGAAAGCCGUGCGACCCGCCCCGAAGAUUGACGACUCAUCACCUGAUAGCCGAAUUCCCGAUGACAACCGAAAUGCAACGACGACAGUUGUGGCCACUAAAACGGCGUUCACACCGCUUAUCAAUGACUCGCCCUAUAGCGACAACUCUAACUUGGACCUAAAUUCACCUCAACAGGCGAAGUUUAAUGUUGAAAUCGAAGCGGACAACCAGAAAUGGGAAAAGGUCACUAGCAAAAAGAACAGGAGAAGAAAUUCUGUAAUAUCAGGAGCGGGACAAGCGGAUGACACAAUAAAGACUGUGCAGCAAAUUAAAUAUAUACAGGCCUGGCGUUUCGACCCAGAAACGACCACAGAUAACAUCCUACAGUUCUUAAACAAGAUUGAAAAAUCGAAUGACUACUACGUGGAAAAGCGGCAGAUUAAUUCCACAAGGCACGCUUCAUUUAUAAUAGGUAUUCCUGAGAAUUUGUUCGAGCGCUUGACCUCGCCGACUGCGUGGCCCCCGGGUGUGAGAUUUGCUAACUGGUUUCUCGCCCGCUCCCGCCGCGCCGGGCGCGGUUCAGCAGUCUGCGCUUCGCCAGCCACCGAACAACAACAAGGAAAAAACCUGUAG